AUGAAUGGUAUACGAGUUCUUUGGAUGAAUGAGUCUUGUGUUUACGGCUUGAAUCCAUCCUCCACAUCUUUGAAGGCCAUUAAUGGUGGGCUCGAGGAAAAUGAAAAUGAUGUGGGGAUAAGGAAGUCGGAAUGUCAAAUCUUUGGCAACCUCUCUGUCUCUGUCUCAGCAAGGAUAAGUGUUUCAGCCUCACGUCGUGUUGCUUUAGUUGGGCAAGUGUGA